AUGAAGCUACAGGGGUCUCUGGCCUGCCUCCUGCUGGCCCUAUGUCUGGGUGGUGGGGCAGCUAACCCGCUGCACAGUGGAGGGGAGGGCACAGGGGCAAGUGCUGCCCAUGGAGCAGGAGAUGCCAUUAGCCAUGGAAUUGGAGAGGCUGUGGGCCACGGGGCUAAAGAAGCAGCCAGCUCUGGAAUCCAGGACGCCCUAGGCCAGGGGCACGGAGAGGAAGGUGGCUCCGCAUUGAUGGGGAGCAGAGGCGAUGUUUUUGAGCACCGGCUUGGGGAAGCAGCGAGAUCUCUCGGGAACGCUGGGAAUGAGAUUGGCAGACAUGCUGAGGAUAUCAUUCGCCAAGGGGUAGAUGCUGUCCACAACGCUGGGUCCUGGGGGACAUCUGGAGGUCAUGGCGCAUAUGGCUCUCAAGGUGGUGCUGGAGUCCAGGGCAAUCCUGGUCCUCAAGGGACACCCUGGGCCUCAGGAGGCAACUAUGGGACUAACUCUCUGGGUGGCUCUGUGGGUCAGGGUGGCAAUGGCGGACCACUCAACUAUGAAACCAAUGCCCAGGGAGCUGUGGCUCAGCCUGGCUACGGGACAGUGAGAGGCAACAACCAGAACUCAGGGUGUACCAACCCCCCACCUUCUGGCUCCCAUGAAAGCUUCAGUAACUCUGGGGGAAGCAGCAAUGAUGGCAGUCGUGGUAGCCAAGGCAGUCAUGGCAGUAAUGGUCAGGGCAGCAGCGGCAGAGGCGGUGGCCAAGGCAACAGCGACAACAAUGGCAGCAGUGGCAGCAACGGCGGCGGCAGCAACAGUGGCAACAGCAACAGUGGCAGUGGCAGCAACAGUGGCAACAGCAACAGCGGCAACAGCGGCAACAGCGGCAACAGCGGUUCUGGGUCCCGGGACAUAGAAACAUCUAAUUUUGAUGAAGGCUAUUCAGUCUCCAGGGAAAGUAAAGAAAGCAGCCAUCUCCUUGGAGGCUCCCAUGACUACCAGGGGCAUGGGUCCAAUGGUGGCAAUGUACAAAAAGAAGCUGUCAAUGGACUCAACACUAUGAACUCCGAUGCAUCUACCUUGCCCUUCAACAUUGACAAUUUCUGGGAGAAUCUUAAGUCCAAGACGCGCUUCAUUAACUGGGAUGCCAUAAACAAGGGUCAUGCCCCGUCUCCCAGCACUCGGGCUUUACUCUACUUCCGCAAACUGUGGGAGAAUUUCAAACGCAGCACUCCUUUCUUCAACUGGAAACAGAUUGAGGGUUCAGAUCUGUCAUCUCUGCAGAAGAGGGCAGGUGGCGCUGACCAGUUUUCUAAGCCUGAAGCAAGACAAGAUCUUUCAGCUGACUCAUCCAAGAACUAUUACAAUAACCAGCAGGUGAAUCCUACUUACAACUGGCAAUACUAUACCAAGGUGACAGCUGGAGCGGGAGUCACACCUUCAUCUUCCUCGGCUUCCCGGGCACAACCUGGCCUGCUGAAGUGGCUGAAGUUUUGGUAGAACAUUCCUUCUAGUCACUGCGGACUCCUCACAAAUGCACACAGGUCUUCAGGGAGUUUGACUGUCCUUACCCAGAGUCCUCUCUGAUGCGGCUGACCUACCUGGGCAUUACAAGCCUGUCAUCUCACCUGGGGACCUGGUUUAUCUGUCCUCAU